UUUUUCAAAAACUGAUAUUCCUUGGAAACAUUCUAUUUCAUCAAACAAGAGCCAUAAAUAUUAGGGCCGGAAAAUCCUUCAUAGUUUUACUGACAUAAAGAAAAGAACCUUCUGUAUUGAUGAGCCUGUGUCUUUAUAUGUUACAUCCAUGGGUGCUAUUAACCUCAGUGUUCUCUGUAUAUUUCAGACAUUAAUCUUACCAUGGGGGAUUGGAACUUAUUGGGUGGAAUCCUAGAGGAAGUUCACUCCCACUCAACCAUAGUGGGGAAAAUCUGGCUGACCAUCCUCUUCAUUUUCCGAAUGCUGGUACUUGGUGUGGCUGCUGAAGAUGUCUGGGAUGACGAACAGUCAGCAUUUGCCUGCAACACCCAGCAGCCAGGUUGUAACAAUAUCUGUUAUGAUGAUGCUUUCCCUAUCUCUUUGAUCAGGUUCUGGGUUUUACAGAUCAUCUUUGUGUCUUCUCCCUCUUUGGUGUAUAUGGGCCAUGCACUUUAUAGACUCAGGGCCUUUGAAAAGGAGAGGCAGAGGAAAAAGUCACAUCUUAGAGCUCAGAUGGAGAACCCAGAGCUUGACUUGGAUGAGCAACAAAGGAUAGAGAGAGAACUGAGGAGGUUAGAGGAGCAGAAGAGGAUCCAUAAAGUCCCUCUGAAAGGAUGUCUGCUGCGUACUUAUGUCUUACACAUCUUGACUAGAUCUGUGCUGGAAGUAGGGUUUGUAAUAGGCCAAUAUAUUCUCUAUGGGUUUCAAAUGCAUCCCCUUUACAAAUGCACUCAACCUCCAUGCCCCAAUGCAGUGGAUUGCUUUGUAUCCAGGCCUACAGAGAAGACCAUUUUCAUGCUCUUUAUGCACAGCAUUGCAGCCAUCUCUUUGUUCCUCAAUGUACUAGAAAUAUUUCAUCUGGGAAUCAGAAAAAUCAUGAAGGCACUUUAUGAGGAAUCCAGCAAUGAGGGCAUUGAGGAUGAAAGAGGUCCUCCAUUCCAUUUGAAAAAAUAUUCAGUGGCCCAACAGAGUAUGAUUUGCUCUCCCUUGCCUGAAAAAAUCUCUCUACUUCAAGCCAACAAUCAACAACAAGUCAUCCAACUCAAUGUGCCAAAGUCUAAAACCAUGUGGCAAAUCCAACAGCCCAGGCAAUUUGAGGUAGACCCUUGUAGUAAAAAAGACUGGGCUGAGAAGGAUCAGCACAGCGGACAGCUCCAUGUCCACAGCCCAUGUCCCUGGGAUGACGAUGCUAGGAUUCAGCACCUUGGACAGCAACCAGACCAUUCUUCCUUUGGCCUGCAAAAUACACCGUCCCAGUCCUGCUUAGGUACAACCACAGCUCCUAGACACUGUCCAUCCUAUACAAUAGGAACCUGGGAGCAGCCCCAGGACCCGCGAUCCUCAGGAGAGCCUCUCACAGAUUUUCACAGUCACUGCAGAGACAGCGACGGCAGCGUGAGAGAGAGUGGGGUCUGGACAGACAGAUCUCGCUCUGGCAGUCGCAAGGCCAGUUUUCUGUCCAGAAUACUGUCUGAAAAGGGACAGCUGCCCAAUGACUCAGGAAGCUCCAGUUCUCGGAAUAGCUCUUUCUUGGACUUUCCGCACCGGGAAGACAGCCCCUCGCUUCUACCUUCAGCCACUGGGCACAGAACAUCAAUGAACAUGCUUCUAGAACUUUCAUCUAUUAUGAAAAAAUAAUGCAUGUCUGGGGCCAGAAAAACGGA